UUGGCCAAUACUUGUCCUAAAAUUUCAAUUUCGAUGAUUGCAAAUGUAUUAUUAAUUUGCAUUAAAUACCCAGAACCCAAUCACUUAUUUCGUUCAGUACUAUAUGAUCUUAUCGCUUAAGAAAUGGAAGCGAUAACUGCGGUAGAAUAAUCUUUGUAUUGAAUUAGUUAAAAGUAUACACGUCAAAUGUUUUCGGAUAUAUAUAGUUUUCGGUGAAUUUGAAAUACAUAUUUCAAAGUAUCUAUAAUAAUUAUGCGUCUAGUUUAAUGAAUUCAAAUCAGUAGAAAUUUUCAAAAUUGAUCUCGUAAAAUUGAAUAUAGUUUUCGAUCAACUUCUGAUGAGAUUCAUCAUUCAGGACAGACAGUGACUGGUCAAGUAAAGCUGACGAUCGACUUUACCUCAAGAAUUAAAGUAGAAAUGGUUUAUUGAAGGAAUUGGACUGAAUUGGACCUAUAUUCACUUAUGGUUGAUAUUUGUUCAAAAAAUACUUCAUGAAAAAGUUUUGAAUUUUUUGACAAUUUUCUUAUCAAUUAUUGAUCAAAAUCCGCCUUGGUAGUGCUUGAAUUUUCGAUUUAUCGUCGUUGAAAUGAGCGUCAGGACUUUGGACAUCAUUCUGGAUAAGCCAGAUAAGGUUUAUUACCCAGGAGAAAUGGUAACCGGAAGAGUUCGACUGGUGCUGGAUUCUUCAAAAAAAAUCAGAGCUGUUCAACUCAAGCUUAAAGGAAAAGCAGAGUGUAAAUGGAAUGAACGAGAAACCUACCGUGAUCACGAAGAUAGAAGUCGUUCCAGAUCAAUUUGUCGAAAAUCAUCUGAAACCUAUCUAAACACUGAACGUUUGGUUGGAGGAAGAGGUAAAUUUAAAUUGGCUGCUGGAGAACAUAUUUACCCAUUCAGUGUGAUGUUGCCAAUUCGUGCGCCAUCCUCUUUCAGUGGUUCUUACGGAGGAGUCUCGUAUUAUGCAAAAGUAAAAAUUGAUAUUCCAAUGGCCUUCGAUAGAAAAGAACGAACCUGUUUUACCGUACUCAAUCCUCUGAAUCUCAAUUUAUUUCCCAAUUUGAGAAAUUCGUAUAAAAACGAAAAAAACAAAACGUUCUGUUGUCUGUGGUGUGCCAGUGGUCCCCUCACCAUCGUUGUGCAUUUACCUAAAACUGGAUUCGCUCACUCAGAACCAAUUCCAAUCACUUUGGAAAUCGACAACGCCAGUACCUAUACCGUGAAAGCGGUUCAUAUUUAUUUGAAACGAGAGAUAAAAUGGACAGCGGAGGGAUGCCAUAAAAAGGAAGAUAAAAAGCUUCAAAAAUUAAGUUUAGGCGGAGUGGAACAAGGACAGUCUCAUACUUGGAGUGAGAAUUUUACGAUUCCUUCCGCUACGUACCCGAAUUUGGAAGGUUGUUCGUUCAUUAAAAUAAACCACGAAUUACACAUCGAAGCUGACGCUAGUGGGUUUCUUGAUCCAGAUAUGCAUAUCCCUAUCACAAUCGGUGACAUCCCUCUGAGCGAAGAUCCAAACGCUCCCAUUAUUACUCCUCAACCUCAAACCUAUCCAAACAACAUGCCCUAUAAUCCUAAUGUUGGAAUGCAAAUGCCACCACCAGGAGUACCCAUGAACCCGGUCCCUUCACCAUAUCCAACUCCAGGUCAACCAGCUGCGAAUUACCCAUACCCAGGAAACCAAGCUGGUGGAGCGCCUUUUGGAGUACCAGCGCCAAAUCCCAGUUUCAUCGCACCUAAUCUACCGUAUUCUAAUGCUGGAGGAAUACCUCAAAUGCCCCUUCAUCCUACUGCUCAAGGAUAUCCUCAUUCGAAUUAUCUUACUAGCGCAUACCCGGUUCCAGGAGGUGCUGUUCCGGCGCAGCAGUAUCACCCAGAAUUAUCGCGUCAGCCGGCUACUAAUCCUGAAAGUGCUCAGAGUGCUCCUCAUCACUGGGUCCCGUUCGGGGCUGCCUCGGCCGCUGGCGAUGGUUCAAAAUUUCCAGUGCAGCCAUCGCCUUUGUUCUCAUCAUCUCCUUCUGCUCCUCCGUUUUAAGCCCAAAUGUGGCGUUCAACAUGCCUGUUUCUGAAUAUUUCCAAUAAUUAUAUAAAACAGACUCUUAUUUUUCAGAUAUUUUGUACUUAUGGAAAGUUUAACUAGCCCUAUUAUUUAUGGAACAUAGUUAUUUUAAUGUUUGAGUAAGUA